AUGCAAUCUGAUUACUUACUUCAUUGUCAAACUUCACUUGAGUAUCAAAAUCGUCUUACUGGCUUAUCCACCAGUUGUGCCCCUUCACCACGUACAGUUGCUCGUUCAUCAUCAUCGUCGUUAUUAAAAAAAGGUGGUAGGAAUACAUAUAAUCGAUAUCAUGCAAAUGGUUCCAAUAAUAAUGCUGGAAUCAGUUCGUCAGAUGAGGGAUUCGAUAGAUUAUUUUACAAACCUCGUCGUAGUCAACCAGUUGUACAUCCAGCAAGUGAAAUACCAUUUUGUGAAAAUUGUCGUGCUAUGGAUGAAGAAAUGUCAAAAGAAUAUGAUUCAGUGACUGGAUCACCUGUAAAUAAUGAUAAUAAUAAUCAUCUACCUGAAGAAAUGAUUCAUGAUGAUGAAGAAGAAUCAAGAUCAUGGGUUAUGCGAAUGCCUGUUGGUCCAUGGUGGUGUGAAGAUUGUCAAGAAUCAGUGACAUCAAGUAAUUUAACUAUAUCACAAUUAUUUGCUAUUUUACGACAAUGGACACCUUAUGCACAGCUACAAUUAAUUACAAUAGUUGAAGAGAUAUUUAGACGUGGUGCUCAUGUUGAUGAUCGUGACGGUUUAAGUGACAUGACUUUAUUACAUUUUACUGCAAAAUCCGGUGCAUUAGGCGAUGAACAAGCUUCGUGUCGUAUUGCUAAUUAUUUAUUAGACGAAGGUGCUAAUCUCGAAGCUCGUUGUAAAUGGACUGAUAUGACACCGUUGCAUUAUGCAGCUUAUUUUGAUUGUCCAUUAUUAGCUGAUUUAUUAAUAAAUCGUGGUGCAUGUAUAUCAGCUAGAACAUGUUUGAUUGAUCAUUCUACACCGUUACAUUUAGCUGCUAGUCAAUUAUCAUUAGGUACUGCACGUAUAUUAAUACAAGCAGCUGAUUUUUCUGUUACAAAAACUGGACAACGAUAUGAUGCUAAAGAUGCAAAAGAUGGUUAUGGACGUACACCAUAUGAAUGUCUACCGCCUUCAGGUCAACUUCCAGAACCUUUGUGUACACUACGAGAUUUAUUGGCUGAAUUACUUCGUCCAACAUCUCCACAACAAACUGAAGAUAUUGACAUUGAAAAAAGAAUUAUUCAAGCCACUUCAAAUGAUUAUUCAACAAAUUAUCGAAAUGAACAUAUUACUAACAAUUAUGUGAAUAAUCAAACUUUACCAACUGAGAAUUCUCAUUCACAACAAUCUACAUGUAGUGGAGUUGAUUGGUUAGUUGCUGAAUCUGGUUUUUUAUCACCUCGUACUAAACGUUCACCAACCAAUGUUCAACAACAAUCCAAUAUUAAUAAUGAUACGAAAAGUCCUACAACAAGUCAAUCAAAGAAAUUUACCGUCUCUGCAAAAGUCACUCUACAAUCUAUGGGUUUAGCUUUAGGCGAUCGUGUUUGUAUUGCACCAGGUAAUUCCACACCAUCAUCAUCAGCUAUACCGAUCAGUGGUAAGAAUCAGUCACCGUUAACAACGACGGGUGUUUCUGGUAGAAUUGGUAAACUACGUUAUUGUGGAUCAGUUUCAUUUGGUUCCGGUAUAUGGGUUGGUGUGGAGUUAGAUGAACCAGUUGGUAGAAAUAAUGGUAGUGUAGCAGGAAUUCAAUAUUUCUCUUGCCCUAAUCAACAUGGUAUAUUUGCCCCAAUUGGACGAGUUUAUAAAACUGUAAAUAUUGAUGGUAAACAAAAUUGGCAUCCAGUUACUUCAUCUACCAAUACUACUAAUUCUACUAUUGUUAAUAGACGUCCUAAUAAUUCAUUGAAUACAUCAAUUACUUCUAAGAAGUUGAAUAAUUUAAAAGAAGACAAUCGUAGUAAUAGUAGUAGUAAUAGUAGUGGUAGUACAAGUGGUAAUAAUACACCUAAAAAACGUUUACCUUCAUCAAGAUCCAGUUAUGCGAUUAGUUCAACAACAAUAACAUCAAUACCGGUGUCAACAGAUACUUCACUAAUAGAUCAUCGUAAACAUCCGACAACUGUAUCAUCACAAUUAAGUCGUACACCAACACCACCGUCAACUUUACAAUCACCCGGUAAUUUUUCACAUGUUACAGCAAAAAUUGAUACUGGAUUACGUGUUCGUUCACCGGAUAUCAGUCGAAGUCAUCAUUUUCAAAUUGGAGAUCGCGUACUAGUAGCUGGUCAACGUAGAGGUGUUUUACGUUUCAUCGGACAAACGCAAUUUGCUCCAGGUAUCUGGUAUGGUAUUGAAUUAGAACAAGCUGUUGGUAAAAAUAAUGGUUCUAUCAAUGGGAUACGUUAUUUUGAUUGUGCUGUCGGUCAUGGAAUAUUUGCACCGAUUAGUCGUAUACAGAAAUUGCCUACAAGACCAAAUACACCAAACUUAAAUAAACUACCAGAUAAUCCAACAAUGAUGACUACAUCAUAUCAUUCAGAACAAGUUGAUGGAGUAGCAAGUAGAUCAUGGUGUUGUCGUCGCACACCAUGGUCUAGUACCACAUCACCAAUGAUUGGACGUGCUGUAAUUGGUCGACCACCGCUACCAACAGAAUUAGUCAAUGCAUUGAAAGCUGUUGGACGUGUACCAGUUGAGUCAGUCGAAGAACCAGUGUUUUAUUUAACAGAAGGAAUGCAAGUUUUAUGUGCUGGAGAAAUUGGUAUUGUUCGAUACAUUGGACCAAUUACAUUUGCUGAAGGUAUUUGGCUUGGUAUUGAAUUGCGUAAACCACGUGGACGUCAUGAUGGAUGUGUUGCUGGGCGACGUUAUUUCACAUGUCGUCCUGGUCAUGGUCUAUUAGUUCGACCAGCUCGUGUGUUUUGUCAUGGUAUAAAUGCUGUUAAUCUUCUUCCACCUGCUUUAGCCGAAUUAGAACGUCAACUAGCUAUUAAGCGUCAAGAGUCAGCAAACAGUUGUAACAGUGGUAGUAGUAGAGUAUCUUCAGCAAAUUCAAUUAACUCUGAUAAUGAACAAUCUUCAAAGAUUUCGGUAUAAAAUAAAUUACAGAGGAGAAAAAAAAUGUUUCAUAAUGAAUUUUCCUGAAGUGUCAUUUUCUUGUUGGCAUUUUGCAAAAAUGAUUCUUCCCAUCCUUACUAUAAACCACCCAAUUAUGAAAUAGAUCAUAAUUAUCCCAUUUUUCUUUGUUAAACGCAUUUACACUGCUUAUAUUCUUUGUUUUACGAUCUUCGGUUUUUGUAUUCGCAUAGUAUAGAACUCUUCUGAAGGCGAAAAGAAAUAAAUUUGCCGACUUUCUUAUUUAUUCACGAUGUUUUUCUUAUGGAGCAUUUCUUUGAACUGGUUACAUUCAUUGAUUAUGUUUCAUUAAAUAAUGAGACUAGAAAACUUACUUUUUAUUGAAGCUUUUACGCUUUAUUUUCACUUGAUUUCUUUGGUUAUUUUUGCCUUAUUUUCUUCCGUUUUUUCAUCUAAUAUCUUUCAGUGUUUUCAUGACACUGUUGUUGCUGUUGUUGUUGUUGGUAGCAUUAGUUUCUCACUAUUAGUUGUUUUGCUUAUUAAUUUUUAACAGGCAAAUUUAACACAUUCCUACCUUGUUUUUCAGAGCUUGAAAAUACUUAAUUUCUUUCUUUUUUGAAUAUAAAAAUAGACUACUUAAUCAUAAUCUAAGUAGUAUACGUUUAUUUGUCGAAAUAAUAUUGAUUUUGUUUCAGUAUAAUUUGAUUUUCUUUUCAUUUUUCUUGUUUAAAAAAACUUUGAAGUUCAUUUUCAUUCUUUAUAAUUUGCUUGUAUGUGAUUUUUAAAUGUGCGCCUACACGUUACUGAAAUUGAAUUUUCAUCAUGAAAAAUAACAUGACCUAAUCUAAAUCUUUUUUGAAUCACUAGUCAUCAUUUAUAAAAUAGAUCUUGUUUUUAUUUUAUUUUGCGGUUCUAACGGCUUAUUGUUUGGUGUUUGCAUUAAAACUAGGUUUGUGACAUACUCAAUCAUGAUCAGUAAAAACAUGGCUUUGAUCAUCAUCAUCAUUGGGAUGUUAUUUUUGUAAACGACAUUUGAAUAUCAAUGCUCAAGUAUCGUUUAUCCAAAGUCACUUAAUCAAACUAUUUCAACCAAGUUAUCUGAAUCACCAUGUUUUUAACAUUUCAGUUAAUUAUUCAACGUCUUGGAUUGUAAGCCGUUCCAGGAUGUUUUUUCAAGCAUACUCCACUUGACAUUGAGAAACAUUAUUUAUAUUUGUAUCACUGAUGUUUCCAAAUAUUCCUUAACAUAUAUCUGUAGGUCCUAAAAUGGUAUUGGUAUGUUCAGAAUGAAUCUUGUUAAGAAGGUGACUUUGUCUACCCCUUUACAGAAUAAGACUGUUUAUUGCAUUCACUUUAAUUUAAUUAAAUUAUCUCUACGUAAAAUGUGAAUUGUGUAGAAGUAAGCAUGAUGAUCAACCCCUACUCAAAGUAUUCCAUUGAAUCAAACAAUCUCAUCCAUUAAUAGUAAAACUGUUAGGGUUUAAUCAUAAGUGGUAGCAAAAAUGUUAUUGUUCCUUAUGAAAUAUGUUUACAUGCCUUGUCUCUAUUGUAAUUUUGAAUUACAGUAUCCAAAACAUGACAAUUCUUUGGUUUAUGCUAAAAGCACAG